UAAACACAGCAACAGCAGGUGUGGAUUUCUCACACUAAACCUCCUGUUCACACAAAGCUUUACAUUUUCUUUUGCUAACUUAUUUGUAACGUAUCAACCUGUUGAAUGAACUGGGUAACUGCAAUGAACGCGAGGCUCGUAGGACUGCUGCUAACUUAUUUUUUUAUUUUGGCUCCGGCGAUGUAUUUUGAUUUAGGAGAGCAGGAGGAGAAGUGUAUUAUUGAAGAGAUUCCAGAUGACACACUUGUGACAGGCUCAUUUCUAUUAGAGUAUUGGGAUGAAAACAAGGGCAAAAACCCACAUCUUGGUUUGACUCUGAGUGUGAGAGACCCACAGCAUGAGGUAAUCUUGUUAAAGCGCUUCUGGAGGUAUGGAAAAUUCAGCUUUACCUCCCAUGCUCCAGGACAGCAUUUCUUAUGCAUGCGCUCAAACUCAACCAGGUUUUCUGUGUUUGCUGGUGACCGUCUGAAAGUCCAUUUAGAUGUCCGGAUGGGUGAGCAUACCCUCGAUCCAAAUGCUGCCAAAGCAAAAGACACAAUGACUGCAAUGGAGGAUAACCUGCAACAUCUCAUUGACCAGAUGCGGUACAUUAGCAGACAGCAAGAUUUCCAGAGGGAACGUGAGGAGACGUUUCGCCAAAUGAGCGAAGGAACGAAUGGAAACGUUUUGUGGUGGGCCAUUAUUCAGACAUCAAUACUUCUCUCUGUUGGAUUCUGGCAAAUGAAAAGCCUCAAAGACUUUCUCAUUGAAAAGAAGUUAGUUUAGCUUUAUAAAAUUUAAGAUGUGGGUUUAAAUAAACACGACCCUUUGUGAAACAUUUGGAGAAAUGUAAGAGUGUAUCGCAUUUGAUGUGUAUUUACUCAAAAACGUGCUGGUUUCAAUAAAUUCUUGUUAAAUACUCAAUAAAUACCUAAAAUAUCACA